AUGUCUAAGCCACAAUUCCGCAUCCGCCCAGGAACCUCCGCCGACACGGCAGCCAUCGUAGACGUCUACAUGGCCGCCUUCGGCAACGACUGGGCCGUCGACAAGAUGCACCCCCGACGCCGCGAGUUUCCCGAGGACUGGCGCGCCGCCGCCUACCGCUACUUCUACGCGCGCUACUGGGGUCCCGAGCAGCAGCUGUUCCACGUCCUCACCGUUCCAGACCCCGACUCAGCCUCCGGCGAGCGCGUCGCCGCGUUCAGUUGGUGGCGCCGCCCCUACCCUACCCCGGCCGAGAAGGCCGCGACCGAGGGCUACCUCACCCUCCGCGGCUGGCUGAAGCCCAUCUUGCUCGGCAUCAACUCCCUCACGGAUUACCUCUGGCCUCCGAGGUCUCUCGACCCGGCCAUGCUCACCAUCUUUGACGACACGCACAUCGCCUCGGACGUGCUGACGCAGGACCCGGAAUACCCGGCGCGCAAGACGGCGUGGUACCUUUCGACGCUGGCGGUGGCGCCUGGCGAUCAGGGGAACGGGUUCGGGUCGCUACUCGUCCGGGAGGGACUGGCGCAGGUGGACAAGGAAGGCGUGCCGGCGUGGCUUAUCGGGCUUGUCGGGGUUGAGCCGUUCUAUCAGAGGCUCGGGUUUGUGAUCAAGGGGCGGGCGAAUGUGGGGAGGCUUGCGGAGUGGGAUGGCGGGUCAAUUAUGUUUAGGGAGUAA